GUAUAAUUGUUAUUUGUUAUUCUUAUUGUUUUUUCAACAAAUUUUAUAUUGUGUAGACUGUAGAAUGUAUUAUGUUUUAUUUUUCAAUUUUAAAUAAAAAUAUGUCAAUUCCCCUCAAAAGUGAGUGCAUUUAUACAUCAUGUUAUUGCGAAGAAAAUGUGUGGCAUUUAGCCAAAAAUAUAUUGGUUGCAAAUAAAAAUGUGUCCAAUUGGAAAUGCUACGUUGUUUUUGUUUCUAACUCUAAUAAAUGUGUACCACUUUGGAAACAACAAUGCAGUGAACAAGAAGGAGGGCUUGUUUUCUGGGACUAUCAUGUUUUCUUAAUGAUCAAUUACCAAGAUACAACUCAGGUACUCGAUUUAGAUACUACGUUGCCAUUCCCAGUUACAUUUUCUCAAUACUUUGAAGAAGCUAUAAAAGAUGAUCCUAGAUAUUCAAAAUAUGGACGUUAUUUCAGAGUGAUAGAAGCUGAAAAGUACAUUUUUACCCUUUCAUCUGAUCGAAGACAUAUGCUUAAUAACAAUAAUGAAUGGUUAUCACCGCCACCUUCUUAUCCACCAAUUUUAAAUAAAGAUAAACAGCACAAUUUGAGUCAUUUCAUUUCAAUGGAAUCGUCUAAUGAAUUUGGACAAGUAUUAAAUCUUGCAGAAUUUAAAAUAAAAUUUUCUUCUGCAGUAAAACAAAUUGCAUACGGACUACAGUAAAAUUGUAGAAGCCCAAUCCAAAUUCACAAUGCCGAUAAAAUCAAAUAUGAAGGUCUUAUUAUAAACGUAUUGCAUGUUAUCACAAAUAUUUAUUGAGACGUCUUCAGAUUGCCCAAAGAUGAAAAUAUAAAAGAGACAAAAGUAAAUAAUGUACAAUUCAUUAAACAAUAAUUUAUAUUUCUCGCAGUGGUAUUACUGCUACGACAAUAGUCGUGCUCGUACUACCCGCCCGCAUCUUGCCCUGCUGGACUUUUUUUGAAGUACAUAAAGUUCUGUAAUGAAAAACCAAAACGUCCAAAUAA